AGAUUGACAGUUGUAUAAAAAAAAACGCGUUGUUUUGCUCUUGCUCUUUUCUAACCUUGAAAUGUAAUAGCAUAAAACAAAAUGUUUUUCACGUUUUGAUAUUGCAAUUUUAAUAAACGUAGCCUAGCCUUACUCUUGCCUUACUAAUUACAGUUGUUUUAUAAUAUUAAGAAAAAUGGAUGAGGCUGUAAAUAAUGAAAAGAUUAAGUUCAGUUCCAUUAAACAAAAUCCGAAAGCGUUACUAAAACUCGUGAAUACUUAUGUUAGAGUUCAACUUAUUAAGGAUUGCGCUUAUGUCGGUUUCGUGCACUCUAUUGACCCAGUAACAAACAGUAUUAUCCUGUCAGUACCUCAAGAUAAUGGACAUCAAACAAUAAUAGUUCCGGGCCAUGCUGUGCUUGACAUUACACAAGAAGAGUUAAUGGAUCACAUCAAACCUCCACAGAAGAAGGAAAACCAUGCAGACACACCAGAAGAAAUAUUAAAAAGAAAAGCAAAACUUAUUUCCUGGUUUAAAACUAAUUUACUGCCAGUUACAGAAAUAGAUGAUAAAAUAAUCAUAGGAAAUGUAACUCUAUUGAGGCCGUACAAGAUAACUGAUAUAAGUGCAGAUAACCCAAUUGUUGCUAUGCAAAUAAGAAAUGUUAUUAACAGCAUGCCUGCGAACUUUCAGCCAAAAUAACUAUUAUCAGUAAC